ACCAACUGUACUAGGAUUCAGUAUAAGAUAAUAGUUGAUAACUAUUCGAAAAUGAAAAUCUCAAUAAUACUAAAUAUUCAAGUGUACUUUUGUAUAUUUUUCACUUUUUUGCAUACUGAAGGAAAACGUAAUAUAAAAAGCAACGUCGAUAUAAUAACCAAUUUUCUACAUCAACCUGGAUGGAGAAAUAUAAAUGAUGUCGAAUAUAUUACUUAUAGACGCAAUGUGUAUACAUUGAACGAUGUGCUUAAUAAACCUGUAACAUUACAGAACUGUGACAAUUUUAUACGUAAUGCAACAAUAUUCCUUGGAUGUUCUUAUGACAAUGAUUUACAUACAAUGUUCUUUAUAUUCUUCAACUUUCAAAAAUAUUGUUAUAUGUUACUUAGAACUGAUAAAAUUAGUGCACACAUUUGUACAGUUAAACUUUUAGAAAAAAUGAUUGAAUUUGCUCCGAUAGCAAAAUUGAUGAAAGGAGCUUUAUAUACUAUAGAAAAAUAUCACAAUGACCCUUUGUACACCCUAAAAAGAACUCGUUUUAUUUUAACUAAAGUUCUUACAAAUUUACAGAAAAAUGUAUCUUUGAAGAAAUUUAUUCCUUUAGAAAACACUGAGGAUUCGAUUAAAACUGCGAUAUACACUGUCAAAGAUAUUUUACAAACUAAUGAUUUUGAACUCGAAUAUGAUGUAUCAUUAUGUAAAAUAAAACAAUUAGAUUUGAGUGCUUUGUGGAGUUUUUGGGUUAACAAAUUCGUCACAUUAAACGAUCAAGAAAAACAUGAAGAAUUUAUCGUUUUUCUAAGUGAUAAAAUGAGCAAUUUAUUCUUAACGACAAUCUGGAAUAAGUAUGUUGAACUUGGAUUUAAAUUUGAUUCAACCACAAAUGAAACCCUUUUACCUGCUCUACCUCCUACCAAUGUCAAGCAAGAUAUCGAACAAAAUCCUUCUAUAAAUUUGACACAACAUACCAAUGAAGUAGAUAUGACGGAAUAUUUUCAACAAGAAUAUAUCGUACAAAAUACUCCUAUUCAACAUUAUGAUAUCACACAAUAUCCUUCGUUUAACUUAAUACAAAAUAUCAAUAAAAUAGAUAUGCAAGAAGUAAUUCAACAACAUGAGUUCACACAAUAUCCAUUUAUAAAUCUGAUACAACAUACCACAGAAGUAGAUAAACAGGAAGGGAUUAGACAAGAAAAUAUUGCAAAAAAUCCUUCUUUAAACUUAAUACAACAUAACAAUGAAGUAGUAAUGCAAGAAACGAUUCAGCAACAUGAUUUUACACAAAAUUUUUUUAUAAAUAUGAUACAAAAUAACACAGAAGUAGAUAAACAAGAAGGGAUUAGACAAGAAGAUAUUGCAAAAAAUCCUUCUUUAAACUUAAUACAACAUAACAAUGAAGUAGUAAUGCAAGAAACGAUUCAGCAACAUGAUUUUACACAAAAUGUUUUUAUAAAUAUGAUACAAAAUACCACAGAAGUAGAUAAACAAGAAGGGAUUAGACAAGAAGAUAUUGCAAAAAAUCCUUCUUUAAACUUAAUACAACAUAACAAUGAAGUAGUAAUGCAAGAAACGAUUCAGCAACAUGAUUUUACACAAAAUGUUUUUAUAAAUAUGAUACAAAAUACCACAGAAGUAGAUAAACAAGAAGGGAUUAGACAAGAAGAUGUCAUAUGUGAAACGGAACCUGAAUCGGGCGAACUAAUUGAAUAUCCUAAUCAUUUAUUACCAUUUAAUAGAAUUUGUUUUAAUAAACACAAAACAUCCAUCUAAAAUGAUUAUGAAGAAAUAAAAUUAAAUAAUAUUAAAAAAUAUCCCAAUUUUAAAAUAAUAUCUGGCAAGAGGUUGAGCGAAACAUGUUUUAAAAUAUUAAAGAUAUCAUGAUGUAUUCCGUGAAAUUAUUAAACAUUCUUGUUUAAUUUAGCUAUAAAUUGUUUUUAUUCAAUUUGUUCAUCAUU